GCUUUUCAAUCAACAAUAAACAAUUUCAAACGCAAGACAAAUAAAGUCGAAUCAAUCAACUCACACCUUCUAUCGACAGACCAGAUGUCUGAUAAUCUACUGAAUAGUAAACUCACCGACGAAUUCAUUUGAAGGUCCUUUGGAAGUAACAAAGGAAGAGGGAGGAUAGAGAAGAUUAUUAUUUUUUUUUUAAAAAAAAAUGUCCCUCGACACAUCAACCUACAACCUCGCGCUCCUGCGCAUUGACGGCCGCCGAUGGAACGAGCUGCGCCAAUUACGCGGCCAGAUCCGGACGCAGGCCGCCGCCGACGGAUCCUCGUACCUCGAGAUGGGCAACACGAAAAUCAUGUGCGUGGUUACCGGCCCCAGCGAAGACGGCAAGCGACGUAACCAAGCCGCCUCCUCUUCCUCCGCCGCUGUUUCCGGCUCGUCGACUUCCGCUUCGGCGACCAGUGCUGCGGACAUAUUGGUUAGUAUUGUUGUUGGCGGGUUUAGUACCGUGGAUAGGAAAAAGAGGGCAAGGAGCGAUAAGCGCAUCCAGGAACUCCAAGCCACCCUCGCCAAAUCCCUCGCCGCAGUCCUACAUACGCACCUAUUCCCGCGCUCUACUAUAUCACUAUCCCUACACAUCCUGUCACAAGACGGCAGCCUCCUGGCCUGCCUCAUCAACGCCGCGACUCUCGCGCUCGUCGAUGCCGGUGUCCCUAUGACAGAUUACUUAAUCGCCUGUAGUGCGGGUAGCACAUCCUCGCACUCGGCGGCUGACGAGAGUGCUGACCCUCUUAUUGACUUGAAUAACCAAGAGGAACAAGAAUUGCCGUUUUUGACGGUCGGCACGCUAGGCGCCACUGAUAAGGUCGUCGUGCUUGUCUGUGAGAGUAGAGUCCAGGUUAGCAGGUUGGAGGGAAUGAUGGUCGCGGCGGCCGACGGUUGUGCGAAUAUACGCGCGUAUCUAGACUCAGUUGUAAGAGAUAAGGGACGUAGGAUGGUGGCUGAAGGGGCGGUAGAGAAGGGUGUCAGUAUGGCUAUGGAUAUUGAUAUUUAGGCUCGUUGGAGGAGGCCGGUUAAUAGAAUGAGGGGAGAACCAUGAAGGAGCUUGGGUU